CAUCAGUGAAGAAUGAAGAGUUUAAUAUGUACACUGCUGCUGUUGGGAUUUUCUUCUGUGUUUUCCAUACAGCAGCAGGAAGAUGAGAAUGAGGUCAGUCAACAGCUCAGCUCUGAGGACGGAAGACCGAAACUAGCUUCAACUGACAGCCAGCAAAACUGUCAUCUGUGCUUUCCUGACAUCCAUGCAGCACUGAGAGAACUGACCGCAAUGAUUACAGAGCAGAAAGCAAACGACCGAGCCUUUGAGACACGACUGAGGGAAGCUGAGCAAGCUGCAGAACAACAGAUGUUCCUCCUGGAAGAGCUGAACAAGAAAAAUGAUGCACUCUCAAAUCUUACUCAGAGUCAAGUAGAGGAGUUGAGAAAGGACAAUAGAGAUAAAGAGAUAGCUUUUUCAGCUGCACUGAUGCAAUCUAGCAGUGGAAAUAUUGGUCCUUUUACCACUGACAUCACACUAACCUACAGGAACGUCUUCACUAACAUAGGAAAUGCUUACAACCCAAUUACAGGUAUUUUCACAGCCCCACUGAAAGGAGUGUACAUGUUCCAUAUCUCUUUAUAUGGUCCAGCUAGUCAAUCAACUCCAUCAACUAUAGGUAUUAUUAAGAAUGGACAGCUUGUAGUUAUGGCACAUGCUCAUCAGGCUCAGAAUGUGGUAAACUCCUCUAAAGGAGUUGUGUUGCUCAUGGAGGUUGGAGAUGUUGUCUAUGUAAGACUUUUUUCUAACAGGCGGAUAUCAGAUAAUCAGAAUAAUCACAACACAUUCAGUGGUUACCUACUGUUUCCAUUAAGAGAAUAGGAGGUUUUCAAAAUGUGGCUCAAAUGUUUGUGAAUAUUUAAUGUAUGAUGAAAUUGACAGUCAGAUGAAAAUCAUGUAGAAUCAUUAACAUGAACAUGCAUUAAUGAAGACUAAUAUGUU